CCUAUCUACACUAUCUACUCAAGAACCAACUAUUCUUCACAACUCCAAAAUUGACAUCACAUCAUCACUGACGUCAUCCCCUCACAGCUCCCUUAUUCUUAUAGUAACCAUCACCACCAUCACCGCAUCCCAACUCCUCCAUCCCAACCUUCUACACUCAGACAACAACAUCCAUCAUCUCUAAUAAAUCACUGCAAUACCAAUCUACAACCCCCAACCAACCAACAAUGCAAUCAUCCCACCAACAACAACCCCCCCAACCCCCCAAACAAGAGGCCUACAACCAACCCACCAACCCAGUAACCCACACACCCUCCGAGCAACGCACUUCCCAAUCCUCAUCCCAGAAUCCAUCGCAAUACGACCACCUCCCCCGACACCGCGGCGACGCCCUCUCCCCCAUAACCCGCAACGCAUCCUCCCAGCCCUCCAAUUCCAACUCCAACCCCAACACCGCCAAACACCAAGAAUCCAUGCGCAACGCCGCCUCCACUCUCGACACCGAAUACGGAGUCGAGCAGCAGCCCGCAGAAGGGGACAUCGCGCGGGCCGUGCAGGGCAAGUCGGCGGAUGCGCGAGCCAGAGCACAAGCGGGGGCGCAUGCGGGCGCGGUAGGCAGUGCCGAGGGGCCAGGGGCGCCGGGGUACGAGAAGGGGGAAAUGGCGGAUUUGGAUCAGAAGAGGGAGAUGCAUGAUAGGAUGUUGGGGGAUCGGGUGGGACAGAGUCCGGCGGAGCCGGAGGGGGAGGGGGAGGAGGUGAGGAGGAGGAAGUUGAGGCAGGAUGAGGAGGUGGAUGUGGUGGGGGCGGCGAGUAGGGGGUCUAAGGGGAGGGUUGUUUGA